UAUCACCCCAUCGAAAUAGCUCUCUCAUCGAAAAAUAAACGUUACUCUCAAAUAGUAUUCCCCCGUGCGGGAAAGAGUACGGUCCCGGUCAUUCUAACGUUUUAUGAUGGCUACAUUUACAUCGGAUUUCGUGUUGGGGGGAGUGGCCGCCAUGGGAGCUGGAUUAGUCACCAACCCCGUGGAGGUGAUCAAAAUUCGCAUGCAGCUCCAGGGAGAAUUGGCGGCGCGCGGCUCUCACGCCCAGCCCUACAAGAAUGUCCUGCAGGCAUUCGUCGCGGUGGCCAAGAAUGACGGAAUUCUCGGCUUACAGAAGGGACUGGCACCGGCGCUAUGCUUCCAGUUCAUCAUAAAUUCCAUCAGACUGAGCACUUACACUCACGCCGUGGAGAAGGGUUGGGUCCAUAACAAGAAAGGCGAGAUCUCGUUUCUACGGGGCAUGUUCUGGGGCGCACUGGGCGGCGUUGUGGGCUCUUACUGCGCCAGCCCCUUCUUCCUGAUCAAGACACAGCUUCAGGCGCAGGCGGCCAAGCAAAUCGCAGUUGGUUAUCAGCAUUCACACACUUCAAUGACCAAUGCGAUAAGACAGAUAUACCGGAAGAGCGGAUUUUUUGGGCUGUGGCGCGGCUCCAUGGCCUCCGUGAUCAGGACCACAGUCGCCUCCAGUGUUCAGAUCAGCACAUUUGGCAAGGCCAAGUCCCUGCUCAAGGACAACGGCAUUAUCACACAGCCCACGUGCCUCUCCUUCUUCUCUGGUCUAGCUGCCGGAUCGUUUGUUUCGGUGGCGGUCACACCGUUUGACGUGAUUACCACCCGCCUCUACAACCAGGGGGUCGAUUCCCAUGGUCGGGGUCUCUACUACAAGGGCUGGUUGGACUGUGUUGCCAAGAUCCUGCGAUCGGAGGGUGUCUACGGCGUAUAUAAAGGAUUCUGGCCCAUUUAUCUGCGCAUGGCACCGUACUCUACCUUAGUCCUACUAUUCUUUGAAGAACUGAUCGCCGUGCGCGAGAAGUACGACUUGCAUUACUGACACAGGCAGUAUGGUGGUCUACUUUAAGUGAACUGUUGCUCACUUGUUUAAGAUCCUAGAACCGAUCUGCAAUUGUUAGCGUAGCCCCAAAAACUAUAAACGUGAUUUC